AUGCCCAGUCAGUUUGUCAUUGUCCCCGCGACGCUCUCACCUCGUUAUCAAGGUGUCGAAGACCCUACCACUCGACAGUCUCGUCUGAAAUUCCUCAUUAUUGCGUCUGUUUUCAUUUUCUCGAUUGCCAUUGCUAUUUACUGCAUCGUCGGCCUCAUUUACAGCUCGCAACCCCACUUCCUCCCCGCCACCCUUGCCGUUGGAACUGGCGUUAGCGUUCUCGUCAUUGGCUCCAUACUCGCCUUCUUGAAGUGCUGGAGCCGCGUUCGCGGUCGUAUGCCAGCCGUCAUUCCUGGCAACAGCACCCACGGCUUCGAGCUUCCUAACGACGAAGACGCCAGCAACACAGGCGGUGGGGAUGAGGGGCUCGGUAGUAUGAGCUCAGAAGAGCGAUCGAGGAACAGCACACCCAUUUACAUCAGCAAAGGUCGCAUGAGGCAGGGUUCGGUCAACAAAGAGAACCCAAAGACGACGUGGACUGCAGGAGCCUCUUCGAAUAGUCGCGUUGAGGCUGUCCCGAAAACUCGUGCUGCUUCGCGAGAUGUUCCCUUUCCGCGUGCAGUCGGAGGCCAAUGUGCUUUCGCAGCAUGCGAUCAAGUCCGCAAGUCGGCCAACCAGAAAGCCACGACUCACCAUGAUGAAGCCCCCGAGAACAGGGCAAAUUUGCCUUCCGAAGCCCGAAGACACUUGAUAUCAAUGCCCUUGAGGGGUGCCUACAGCGGCUCAUCAAAUCUUCCAAAAUACUAUCCUCUCCAAAUACGCCACGAACCCGUCAGCGGCAGCUCUCCCGGCGCCGGCAGCAGUCCGUAA